GCAGUACUCCCCAUCAGAAACUCCUCCCGAGGAAGAAGGCUGUCUAAAACCAGAGUCCCCUCCCCAAAAUUUUGGUGCUUGGAAAAUCAUUCCAUGUUCUUGCCAUUUCGGCCGUGAUCACACGAGAUUUUGAUAAGGCAGCAUAUAUAUGCGGCACUAUAGCAACUGUUGCACCUGCUGACCUGUGUGUACCAUUGCGACCAUCAACUGGAAGAUCAACCAAGAGUUAGUGUAUCCUGUUACAAUGAGCAGUAUAGGGCCAGAAGUUGUUCACAUUGUCUCAAAAUGCACGGUAAAGCCACAAUGCAUCAUAAAAGAAACACCAAAGGAAUUCAAUUUGACACCCUGGGAUCUUUCUUUUCUCUCUGCACAACCAAUACAGAAGGGUCUUCUUUUUGCUAAAACCCCAUCUUUGUCUGAUGGCGAAAAUCCAAUAAACUCCAUGAUCAAAAUUAUUGAACAACUCAAGAACUCACUAUCUCUUAUACUCGGUCACUUCUAUCCACUCUCUGGUCGCUUAUCGACUAGAAAACAAGACGAUCCACCUUCAUAUACAAUUUUCUUAGACUGCGGUGACUCACAAGGAGCUGAGUUCAUCUAUGCUAUUGCGGAAAAUGUCACAGUUGCAAAUAUUCUAAACCCACUUAAUGUACCACCAAUAGUGAGAUCUUUCUUUGCUUUAAAUGGUUCCAUAAACCAUGAUGGUCACACCGAGCCUUUGCUUGCCAUACAGGUAACAGAGCUUGAUGAUGGGUAUUUCGUUGGUUGUUCUUUUAACCAUGUUGUAGGUGAUGGCACCUCUUUCUGGCAUUUUUUUAGUACAUGGGCAGAAAUUUGUAGAACAAAAGGAAAUGUCGAGUCCAUUUCACCCCUCCCUCCUAUUACUAAACGCUGGUUUUCUGAAGAGGAACAGCAACAAGAAGUUUACACUGGCUUCAACCUUCCAUUUUCUCACCAUGAUGAGUUUAUUGAGCGAAGCAUUGCAUCAUCACCACUCAGCAAGAGGAUUUUUCAUUUCUCAGCUCAAUCAAUCGCUCAGCUCAAAAGUAAAGCAAAUAGCGAGGCCUGCACCAACAAGAUCUCUUCAUUACAAGCCUUGAGUGCGCUAGUCUGGAGGUCAGUGACACGGGUACUUGGUGUGCAUGAAGAGCAAGAAACAGCCUGCAGGUUGCUCGUUAAUGAUAGGUUAAGAUUAAGCCCACCUUUGUCCAUCGACUACUUUGGAUGUUGUGCAGGGGGAGUGACGGGUAUAACAACGUCAAGAGAGCUACUUCGCCAUGAGCUUGGAUGGGCAGCUUGGUUGUUGCAUGAGGCUGUAGCUAGUCGAAGUGAUGAUAAAGUGCGUCAGUGGCUAAAUAAUUGGCAAAAAAAUCCCUCAUCUCUCCCAGUUAGACGUGUCCCUGGUCAGCCGUUGGUGUCAAUUGGUAGUUCGCCGAGGUUUGAUAUGUAUGGGUGCGAAUUUGGCUGGGGAAAGGCAAUAGCUGUUCGUAGUGGGGCAUCUGUGAAUAGGCCUGUCAAUAUUUGUCCGAUAUCCGGUAUCCGUUUCCGAGUAUUCGAGAUCCUAUAGGAUUUUAUUCGUUUUAUCGGAUAUCGGAUAUCAGAUCGGAUAUUUUAUCAGAUAUUCCUUC